AUGAAUCGGCUCGUUUCACUACCUCUUAGGUCAGUGUCUGCGGUGGCCUCGCAGACGAUGACACUGAGAGUCGCUUCGUUUGCUACUGCAAAGGAGAAAGACGACGGGGCGAAAGCCAAAUCAAAGAAGGGAUCAAAAUCGGAAACAGCAAAUUUGGACCGACAAGUUAAGUCGCUCGUAAAGCACUAUUACAAAAUGCGGACAUACGAACCUCCCAAACUGUCUGAAGAAAAGCAGAAGGAGUAUAUGGAGGCUGCAAAAGAGUACUCUCGACAAAUGACUCGCCUGCAUCACUAUUACGAGCAGCGCCUAAACGAUAAAAUCUUUUUACGCGAUCUCGCGAUCUCUGCGCUGCCUACAGAAGCGUUGCGAGAGCAGGCGAAGAAGACAGAUCCCGAACAAAUUCCAGGCAAGUACUUUUAUCCUGCAAGGAAGGCUAGAUUUGAAGAUUUAUCGAAGGAAUUGGCAUGGUAAUUUGUUUGUUGAACAUCGCGGAGAGAAAAGGAUAGAAUAUGUAUGGUU